AAAUUUGACAGUGACUGUCACAACAACAUGGCGUACUGUUGAUAUCGCGCAACUUGAUCUCGUCCGUUUGCAUUUGACCGAAACAUUGCAAAGUGAAAUCGUUAAAUUUCCCAUAAAACGAUGAGUAAUCACCACAAUAACGGAGGUCGAACGGCUGAAACGGAACAAAUGGCACCGACGCAGUGUUUGAAAGUGUUUAUACAACGGGAUUACACGGACGGAACAGUCGUCAAAUUUAAUACAAGGUUUCCACAAGAAUUAGAGGGUCGGAUAGAAAGACAAGCGUUCGAACAGACCAUAACCAAGUUAAAUGAGUAUUUUGCCGAAGCAGAAAAGGCAUCUUGUGCUGCUUAUUGCGAAGGAUGUUUAGCAUGUCUUACCGCUUAUUUAAUUUAUGUUUGUAAGGAGACUCAUUAUGAGAAAUGUCUUAGGAAAGUAUCUAAAUAUGUAGCAGAACAAAACGAAAGGGUUUAUCAACCGAGAGGGUUAAAUGUGACUGAUCCUAGUUUGAGGGGUUUACGUGUGAUCGAAAUCAGCUGUCUGGACAGGCCUCCAAACGCAUGACUUGCGUUGUCCUACUCCACGCAGGAGUUCUUUAUGUAAAUACUACUUUUAUUUUAUACUAGAUACAGACUUUUUAUAUUAUAAUCUUAUUUUAUACUUGUAUAGGAUUUUAUUAAGAAAAGAAAUGUGUCUUUCCUAUUCAUCUAUUUAUACAAACACUUUUGUUUUAUUUUAUUUUAUUUUUUCAUUUUAUUAACAACUAAAGAUUUCAUCUUUUUAAAGAAAACGAAAAAUAUAAAAAAAAGAAAUAUUUUUUGUUACAAAUAUACAAGACUAUAAUAUACUUGAGUAUAUUUAUUCCUAAAUUAUAUACAAUAUAUUGGUAAAGAGAUGUAAAGUAAUGUGUGAUUUUACAAUGAUUAUUUUUAUCAAUAAAACUGAAUUACCGAAAA